AUGCCACAAUCAAUCGCGGUUUUCCCAGCAGUCGGCAACCUUGGCAGCAGCGUUACAAGUCAUCUGUCUGCUUUAACAGAUCACUCUAAUCUGAUCCUCGUAGCGAGGAACACUUCCAAGAUCGCCGUUGAUGAUGCGCAUCUUCGCCAGGCAGACUAUGAAAAUGAGAGAAGCUUGCAAGGCGUUUUCGAUGGUGCAGAGACACUCAUUCUAGUAUCUUAUCCUUCUCUGCAAGACGACUUUAGGUUUGAAGUGCACAAACGCGCUAUCAAUGCUGCAGUCGGAAGUGGCGUCAAGCACAUUUUCUACAGCUCCCUCGCAUUUGGCGGGGAGAGCAACAAAAGCGUUGCGCAGGUCAUGCAAGCACAUUUGAAGACGGAAGCCUAUUUAGCUGAGCUCGCUCAAUCUGGCAAAAUACUCUAUACGGCUAUUCGUGAAGGCCUCUAUAAUGAGAGCUAUCCACUAUAUCUCUCCGGAUACGACAUUCAAAACCCAGCAGAUGAGGUCAAAAUACCUCACGACGGUGGCGGCAAAGGGGUUGCUUGGGCAUCAACCGACAAUCUGGGCGAAGCGACUGCCAAACUGGUAGCGAAAGUUGCUGGCGGUGAUAAGAGCUGGGCCGAAAGAGUAACCAACAAUAUGAUAUUGCUCAGUGGACCAAAAUCUUAUACACUCGCAGACACCCUCGCAAUUAUCUCGCGUAAAGUAGGCAAAGACAUUAAAAUAAAACAAGUAUCAGUCGAAGAAUUCUCAAGUCAGCCGCAUUUGUUAAAAGCCUUGGAAUUUUAUUCGAGGAACGACGACGAUCCAGUCGCAGGCGCUAAGGACUGGACAAAGAGAUGGGCGAAUGCAUACGAUGCUAUACAGCGUGGCGAGACUACCGUUACGAGCAAUGCCCUUGAAGAGCUACUCGAAAGAAAGCCGAUAUCGUUUGAAGAAACGAUAAUGAACAUUUGA